GUGUGUGUGUGUGUAUAUAUAUAUAUAUAUAUAUAUAUCUUUUUUAGUUGCUCUUUUUUAUUUUGGUAAUGACGAUGAUAUGAGUUGAGUUAAAUGAAAGGAAUGAGGAUUCAUAUCGUUGACCCCAAAGUGAUUGGGACUGAGGCGUAGUUAUAAGUUGUUGUACCCACUUUAUUCUCUUUUCUUUGCCUAUAUUUACCCACCUUUGACAUCCUUUCUACCACAAUCUUUUCAACUUCUUCAUUGCUCUCAAAAAAAUGACCAUGACCAUGACUAUACUAUACAUGAGGAAAACUCACUUGUAUGUCUCACUGUUACUCCACUUCUUUCAUUACUCUUAUUCCCAGAAGACAUGUCCAAACUGUGGUUCUCUAGAAGUACCAUAUCCGUUGAGCAUAAAUCCCGACUGUGGUAACCCUGACUAUUCUAUUCGUUGUGAUCCUCACUCUCAAAAACUCUAUCUUGAUACCCUUAAUGGAAGCUCUUAUGUCGUCCUCAGAGUUAUGGCCUCAUUUCGGCGUAUGGUGGUGCAACCAUCACCUUGGCUACCUGGUACUUGUGUUACACAAGACAUGCCAAUUAGUGAAGGACUGUGGUUGAACCAGACUCUUCCUUUUAAUGUUACUUCUUCUAACACUAUCUUCUUAUUUAAUUGUUCUCCUCGGCUUCUGAUAUCUCCUUUAAAUUGCACACCUUCUAGUUUAUGCCACAAAUAUUUGCAUAGCUCUGGACAUGUAGAUCCUAAAAGGGAACUUCAAUGUGCAAGUGGUCUUGACCCAUGCUGCACUUUUGUCGCUGGCGGUAUGCCCUCAGCGUACAAGAUACGCCUUCAUAACUCAGGCUGCAGAGCAUUUAGAAGCAUUCUACACUUGAAUGCUGAGAAGCCGGCUAAUGAAUGGGAGGAAGGACUGGAAAUUCAAUGGUCUCCACCACCUGAGCCACACUGUAGAUCACAAUCUGAUUGCUCUGGAGCUUCUACAUGUUCAACUUCUGCGGCACUGAAAAAAUCAAGAAGAUUUUCAACCAGGGCUAGACUUGCCAAGGCAAGAGAAGACAUACUAAAAUCAAACAACGGCGGAAAACCAGCCAAGAUGUUUUGUCUCAAGGAGAUAAAGAAAGCUACGAACGGAUUCUCAAAAGACAGAAUCUUGGGUCGUGGUGGUUUUGGAGAAGUUUAUAAGGGCGAGCUUUGCGAUGGAACUAUUGUAGCAGUAAAGUCGGCCAAAGUAGGAAAUGUGAAGAGCACUGAACAAGUACUCAAUGAAGUAGAGAUACUUUCUCAAGUCAAUCACAGGAACUUGGUCAAGAUUUUAGGUUGCUGUGUUGAAGCUGAACAGCCUUUGAUGAUUUACGAAUACAUUUCCAACGGAACACUACAUGAUCAUUUACAUGGAAAGUAUUCGACCUUUCUUGACUGGAAAACAAGGUUAAAAAUUGCUUCACAAACUGCAGAAGCAUUGGCUUAUCUUCACUCAGCUGCUUACCCUCCUAUCUACCACAGAGAUGUCAAAUCUACAAACAUACUCCUGGAUAAAGAAUUCAAUGUCAAAGUUUCAGAUUUUGGGCUAUCAAGAUUGGCUUGUCCGGGGUUGAGUCACUUGUCCACUUGUGCUCAGGGGACGUUAGGGUACUUGGAUCCUGAAUAUUUUCGCAGUUAUCAACUAACUGAUAAAAGUGAUGUUUACAGCUUCGGGGUUGUGUUACUAGAACUUCUUACUUCCCAGAAGGCAGUUGACUUCUCCCGAGACGAAGAUAGUGUCAACUUGGUUGUUUAUGUUAUUCAGCGAGCAAACAAUGGUUCGGGUACAGAAGUAGUGGACAGACGCUUGCUUGGUGAGGUGGAGCCUUUGACUCAGGUAAUGACUUGUAUGAACUCAUUCUUGGAGCUUGCACUCGCGUGUUUAAGAGAAAAGAAAGCAGAGAGACCGUGCAUGAAAGACGUCGUUCAGCAUCUUCAUUGCUUAAGUGAAAUAGUUGAUCAAGAAGAGCCUUCUAAUUGAAGUUAGUUAGUGUAAAGAUGAAUGUGUAAAAGGCAUUGACCUUUUGAUUGUACUGAAAAUGAUGCCUGGAAAGAGUAUAGAGUUUUAUUACACUGAAAAAAAGGUUGAGAAGAUAUAAAGGAGGUUUUAGGUUGGGAUAAGAUCCUUACUUUGACCAUAAAGCAUGAAUAAUAUUGAAGUCAUGGAUUUCCAA